AUGACUGUUAUUGUUUCAGGAACUAUAGAUGAAAUAACAGCAGAAACUAUAGAUGAAAUAACAGCAGGAACUAUAGAUGAAAUACCAGCUGGAACUAUAGAUGAAAUACCAGCUGGAACUAUAGAUGAAAUACCAGCUGGAACUAUAGAUGAAAUAACAGCUGGAACUAUAGAUGAAAUACCAGCUGGAACUAUAGAUGAAAUAACAGCUGGAACUAUAGAUGAAAUAACAGCUGGAACUAUAGACGAAAUAACAGCAGGAACUAUAGACGAAAUACCAGCUGGAACUAUAGAUGAAAUAGCAGCUGGAACUAUAGAUGAAAUAACAGCAGGAACUAUAGAUGAAAUAGCAGCUGGAACUAUAGAUGAAAUAGCAGCUGGAACUAUAGAUGAAAUAACAGCUGGAACUAUAGAUGAAAUAACAGCAGGAACUAUAGAUGAAAUAACAGCUGGAACUAUAGAUGAAAUAACAGCAGGAACUAUAGAUGAAAUAACAGCAGAAACUAUAGAUGAAAUAACAGCAGGAACUAUAGAUGAAAUACCAGCUGGAACUAUAGAUGAAAUAGCAGCUGGAACUAUAGAUGAAAUAACAGCUGGAACUAUAGAUGAAAUAACAGCAGAAAUCAUAGACGAAACACCAGCUGGAACUAUAGAUGAAAUAACAGCUGGAACUAUACAUGAAAUACCAGCUGGAACUAUAGAUGAAAUAACAGCUGAACUAGAUGAAAUAACAGCAGGAACUAUAGAUUAA